UUUAUUUCUAUAUCAUUAAUCUCUGCAAUCCACCACUCCAUUACACUCUUUAUAAACUCUGCUGUUCUCAUCUCAACUCUUCCUGCUGCUUCUGCUUUCUUCUCUCACUUUGUCUGAAUCGAAAGUUCGAUGAUCAUCAGAUAACUCUUCAAUUAUGGGAACUCCAGUUAACAUCGUCGUCGGAUCCCAUGUGUGGGCAGAGGAUCGGGUUGAAGCAUGGAUUGAUGGAGAAGUGAUAGAAAUCAAAGGCAACGAUGCCACCAUAGUCACCGCAGAUGGAAAAACGAUUAUUGCCAAAUUGUCCAGCAUUUAUCCAAAAGACACAGAAGCACCUCCAGCUGGAGUCGAUGACAUGACCAAAUUAGCUUACCUACAUGAACCAGGAGUUCUGCAAAAUCUGGCUUCUCGCUUUGCUCUCAAUGAGAUAUAUACCUACACAGGAAGCAUUUUAAUUGCAGUUAACCCUUUCCGGAGGUUGCCACACCUGUAUGAUGUCCACAUGAUGGAGCAAUACAAAGGAGCUACUUUUGGAGAACUCAGUCCCCAUCUUUUUGCUGUAGCAGAUGCUUGUUACAGGGCAAUGAUCAAUGACCAAGGAAACCAAUCCAUCUUGGUAAGUGGAGAGAGUGGGGCAGGUAAAACAGAAACAACAAAGAUGCUCAUGAGAUAUCUCGCAUUCAUGGGGGGCAGAUCAGGAACUGAAGGAAGAACAGUUGAGCAACAAGUUUUAGAGUCCAACCCUGUCUUGGAAGCAUUCGGGAACGCCAAAACUGUAAAGAACAAUAACUCCAGUCGUUUCGGUAAAUUUGUUGAGAUCCAAUUCGACAAACAAGGGAAGAUCUCUGGAGCUGCUAUCCGUACGUAUCUUCUGGAACGGUCCCGUGUUUGUCAGGUGAAUGACCCGGAGAGGAACUACCAUUGCUUUUACAUGCUCUGUGCAGCACCACCAGAGGAUGCCAAGAAAUACAAGUUGGCAGACCCAAGAACAUUCCACUACCUAAACCAAACAAACUGUUAUGAAGUAGCAAAUGUGAAUGAUGCCCAGGAAUAUCUGGAGACUAGACAUGCCAUGGAUGUUGUUGGAAUCAGCCAGGAAGAACAGGAUGCGAUAUUCCGUGUUGUAGCUGCAAUCCUUCAUCUUGGGAACAUUGAAUUCGUGAGAGGGAAUGAAGUUGAUUCUUCCAAAUUGAAAGAUGAUAAAUCACUGUACCAUCUUCAAACAGCUGCAGAGCUUCUAAUGUGUGAUGAGAAGGCCCUUGAAGAUUCACUUUGUAAGCGUGUAAUAGUUACUCCUGAUGGUAACAUUACAAAACCUCUUGAUCCAGCUUCAGCAGCAUUAAACCGUGACGCCUUGGCGAAGACUGUCUACUCAAGAUUAUUUGACUGGAUUGUGGAUAAAAUCAACAGUUCAAUUGGUCAAGACCCUAAUGCAGUGAACAUAAUUGGAGUCCUCGACAUCUAUGGGUUUGAAAGCUUCAAAGUCAAUAGUUUUGAGCAGUUAUGCAUCAACUUCACCAAUGAGAAGUUGCAACAGCAUUUUAAUCAACAUGUAUUUAAAAUGGAGCAAGAAGAGUACACAAGGGAAGAGAUUGACUGGAGUUAUGUAGAAUUUGUAGAUAACCAAGAUGUGUUGGAUCUUAUAGAAAAGAAACCUGGAGGAAUAAUCGCUCUCCUUGAUGAAGCAUGUAUGUUUCCUAAGUCAACCCAUGAGACAUUUGCACAAAAGAUGUACCAGACAUACAAAAGCCACAAGCGCUUUAGCAAGCCUAAGCUUGCUCGAACAGAUUUCACCAUCAAUCAUUAUGCUGGAGAUGUUACCUACCAAGCUGAUUCAUUCCUAGACAAAAACAAGGAUUAUGUUGUAGCGGAACAUCAAGCUCUAUUAGAUGCCUCCAGGUGCCAUUUUGUAGCAAAUCUCUUCCCCCCUUUACCUGAGGAAACUUCAAAGCAAUCCAAAUUCUCUUCAAUCGGUACCCGCUUCAAGCAACAACUGCAAGCUUUAAUGGAAACUCUGAGCACUACGGAGCCACAUUACAUCAGAUGCGUGAAGCCCAACACUGUUCUAAAACCUGGAAUAUUUGAGAACUUCAACGUCCUAAACCAGUUGAGGUGUGGGGGUGUGCUAGAGGCUAUUAGAAUAAGUUGUGCUGGGUAUCCAACUAAGAGAACAUUUGAUGAAUUCCUCGAUCGGUUUGGAAUGCUAGCUUCGGAUGUUUUAGAUGGAUCUGAUGACAAAAAAGGUUGUGCAGCUCUUUGUGAUAGAAUGGGAUUGAAGGGCUACCAGAUUGGGAAGACAAAGGUGUUUCUUAGAGCUGGGCAGAUGGCUGAACUGGAUGCCCGAAGAAUUGAAAUCUUGGCUAAUGCUGCAAGACGCAUCCAGAGGCAAAUCCAAACAUAUCUCACUCGAAGGGAGUUCAUUGCUGUACGACGCGCUACAAUUCGUUGGCAGAAGCUAUGGAGAGGACGGCUUGCACGCAAACUAUAUGAAUAUAUGAGAAGAGAAGAUGCUUCAAUCCGUAUACAGAAGCAUGCACGUGCUCAUGCAGCCAGAAAAUCUUUCACAGAGCUACGAGCAUCAGCAAUAAUUAUUCAAACUGGGAUGCGUGCAAUGGCAGCUCAUAAAGAAUUUAGGCACAGAAGGAGAACCAAGGCUGCAAUAGUUAUUCAGACUCGAUGGCGUAGAUUCCAAGCGUUUUCUGCUUAUAAGCAGAAACAGAAGGCCACUCUUACGCUUCAGUGUCUCUGGAGAGGAAGGGCAGGAAGGAAGGAGCUUAGAAAACUCAGAAUGGCUGCUAGAGACACAGGAGCGCUUAAAGAAGCUAAGGAUAAGCUGGAAAAACGGGUUGAAGAGCUCACAUGGCGACUAGAUAUUGAAAAGCAUAUGAGGAUUGACCUUGAAGAAGCAAAGGCACAAGAAAUUACAAAGCUGCAAUCUGCUUUGCAUGAAAUAAAAGGGCAGUUAGAUGAUGCUCAUGCUGCAAUUAUCAGGGAAAAAGAAGCAGCGAGGAUAGCUAUUGAACAAGCACCUCCUGUAAUCAAAGAAGUUCCUGUUGUAGACAAUACUAAGCUAGACUUCCUGACUAAUCGCAACGAGGAACUGGAGGGUGAAUUAAGAGAGUUGAAGGAGAGGUUUGAAGAAUUUGAAAUUAAGUAUGCUAAGGUCAAGGAGGAGAGUGAAGCAAGGUUUGAAGAAGGAGAAGAAUCACAUUCCAGAAUCUCCCAGCUUCAAGAGACUAUUGAACGACUAGAAUUGAACUUGUCCAACUUGGAAUCUGAGAAUCAGGUUCUACGUCAACAGGCUUUGGUUGCAUCAACAAAUGAUGAGCUCUCUGAAGAAGUGAACAUCCUCAAGGACAAGAUUGCAAAGUUGGAAUCAGAAAAUGACCUGCUCCGCCAUCAGGCACCGGUUACUGUGCAGCAAAUAGUUGCUCCUGAACAGAUGCAACCAGAGGGCACUAAGAUUCUUGAAAAUGGAUAUCAGAAGAUGGAAGAGCACAAGACGAUAAAGGAGCCGGUGCCUCCCCCAACUGCCCUAAGUAAACAAAAAUCUCUAACAGACAGGCAACAUGAAAACCAUGACACGCUGAUAAAGUGCCUCAUGGAAGAUAAACGGUUUGACAAGAACAGACCUGCUGCUGCAUGUAUUGUCUAUAAGGCACUUCUACAGUGGAGAUCAUUUGAAGCAGACAAGACAAACAUAUUUGAUCGGAUAAUUCAUGCAAUCCGGUCAUCUAUCGAGAAUCAGGAAAACAUCAGUGAUCUUGCCUAUUGGCUCUCAACAACUUCGACACUUUUGUUUCUUGUACAAAAUACGCUCAAGGCAAGCAACACACCAAAAAAAGCUUCAGAGCGUGCUCGGACCUCACCCACGACUCUGUUUGGUAGAAUGGCACAAGGCCUUCGUUCAUCCCCCUCAGGCAUGGGAAUUUCAAGUGGAUACAGUGGAAUGGUAGGCAAACCAGAUUUCCAAUCUCGAGUUGAAGCUAAAUACCCUGCCCUCCUGUUUAAGCAACAUCUAACUGCAUGUGUUGAGAAAAUAUAUGGGAUGAUCCGUGACAGUUUGAAGAAAGAGAUCAGUCCACUCUUGAACCUGUGCAUACAAGCACCAAGAUCAGCAAGAGCCAGAUCAAUAAGAGGAUCCUCCAAAAAUACUCAAUCAAAUAUAGUUGCAAAACAACAAGCAUCAAGCAUACACUGGCAAAGCAUUGUAGGAAGCCUGGAUCAUGCCUUAGCUACAAUGUGUGAGAAUUAUGUCCCUGACAUAAUCACAAGGAAGACUUUCAGUCAGGUGUUCUCCUUCAUAAAUGUGCAGCUUUUUAACAGUUUAUUGCUCCGCCGUGAAUGCUGUUCAUUUAGCAAUGGAGAAUAUGUAAAAGCUGGCCUGCAAGAAUUGGAGCAGUGGUGCUCCAAAGCAACAGUCCAGUUUGCUGGAUCCUCAUGGGAUGAACUACAGCACAUAAGGCAGGCUGUUGGGUUUCUGCAGGUUUCACAUCAAAAGCCUCACAAAUCCUUGGAUGAGAUCACAAAUGAAAUCUGUCCGGUGUUGAGCAUUCCACAAAUAUAUCGCAUUGGAACGAUGUUCUGGGACGACAAAUAUGGAUCCCAAGGGCUAUCUCCAGAUGUAAUUGGCAAGAUGAGAGCAUUGAUGACAGAAGAGUCAAGUAACAUGCCAAAUAAUUCUUUCUUGCUUGAUGUUGAUUCAAGCGUUCCUUUCUCUCCAGACGAGCUAUCAAGAUCCUUUCCCGACGUCAGCCUAUCCAAUAUUGAUCCACCCUUGCUCCUCCGUCAGAAUUCUGAGUUCCAUUUCCUGUUACAACGCACAGAUUAAGAUUCUCAUUACUUGGUGGGUUUACUCAGCUUUUUUGGUUCUUAGUUGUGCCAUUGUAAUUGUUCAUUUGAGGGUUGAUUGUUAUUGUUGUUACUGAAUGUCUUUCCAAGGUCCAAAAUUUCAGUGGGUUUUGAUAACCGACCAAAAUCUCAUGUUCAUAUGGAGAAGAAACCGUUUAGCAAA